GCUGCCGGACAUGGACGUGGCGGCCGAGCUGCUGGGUCUGGGAGCAGCGCUGCUGGUGUUGCUGGGGGCCGUGGCCAGCCUGUGCGUGGGCUGCUCCCGCAGGGGGGGAAAGAGGUCGGAGAAAAUCCUGGAGCAGAGCAGCCUGCCCGAGGACCAGCAGAGCUUUGUGGUGUCUCAGACCUACUCCGUGAUCACGCAGGCCUGUCCAGGGGCCUCGAUGGACUCGAUCCCUGAGGUGAAGUCAGCCAGGAAGGACAAGUUGCUGCUCUUCUCCCCUGCUGUGGAGGAACCCGAGUGCUCCAGGUACCAGAACUCCAGCAAAGGAAGCCGCCUGGGUUCAGACACCGCCUACAUAGACCCCCUCCCCAAGCACUGUUACAACUGGGGACGCCACCGGGAGUCCCCAGGAGAGGAUGACGAUGCCGCCUCCUACGAGAACGUGCUCAUCUGCAGGCAGGACCCCGAUUCCGGUGAUGAGGCCUCCGAGGAUUACCAGAACUCAGCGUCCAUCCAGCGCUGGCGCCAGUCCAGGGGGCGCGUGGAGCCGGCCCAGAGGGAGGAUGAGGAUGAGGAGCCAGAUUAUGUGAACAGGGACAUGAUGUCUGCAGAGGCCUAAGGGGCUGUGAGCAGGGAGAUGUGAUGACUGCACCCUUUGGGUCCCCGCGGGAACCAUCGUGGGCGCUGGGCUCUUUGGCUUCGGACCUGGCUCCAGUCACUCACGUCGGCGACGCAACAGCCGUGCUGGCCACGCGCUUUACAAGGGAGAGCGUGUU